AUGGCACAUGAAUCACAAGAGACAGAUGAGAAAAAGUGGCCUCCACAUGUAGAACAUAUUUUUAUUGAGAUCAUGUUGGAGGAACAACUUAAGGGUAACAUGCCAAGUGGUGUGUUCAAGGGUCCUACAUGGGCAUCAAUUACAGCUGAACUUAACCGAAGGACCGGGAAAGACUUUGUCUUAAAGCAAGUUCAACAGAAGCACAAUAGACUCCAACUCAAACAACGCAAGUGGAGCCAAUUGCUAAGACACAUAGGGUUGGGGUGGGACGAGCAGACCCAAACAGUGACUUAUUCUGACGAAGUGUGGCAGAAUGUGAUUGCGGCCAAUCGUGGUGCAGCUAACUUAAGGAAACAGGGAUGCCCAGACUACCCAUCACUGCAGCAAUUGUUCACCACUAGUAUUGCGACUGGGAACCUCCAGAUCUCCUCAAACACUCAUCCUCUGAAUAGUGACAAGGAGCGUGCCCUAGAAGAAGAGCUUGCCAAUGCCAAUGCCGAUGCCAAUGCAAAGGAUGCUGAGGUUGAGGAGGUAACCCGGAGGGAGGAAAAAUGUCAUGUGCAAGAUGCAAGUGGCAAGGGUAAGAAGGCCUCGAAGAAGUCGGAUAAGGUAAGUGAAAUGACUACGGCCCUAAAAGAGUACAACGCAAUGUCCGAACGUAGGUAUAGUGGUAAACUCGGCAGGACUAGCGGUUCAUCCGACCAAUUCUCUCAAUCCGUUGUAGGGGGUGAUCCUUGUUCACUUUCCAAGGCAAUAGGCGUGCUGAACACGUAUGCGGAUCUGAGUAACAAGGUCUACAUCAAGAUGUCAAAGGUUUUGCAGCAAAAGGAUAAUAGGGUAGUGUUAUGUGUAUGCCGGAGCAUAGGAGGAAGUCUUGGAUUGAGGACAUUCUAA